AGCUGUCAGAAUGAAUAGCGACUAGCGAGUAGAAUUAAAACACGUCAGUUUUUGUAUCUUUAUUAUAGAAGAACUGCUUAAAUAAUCACAUUUAUAAGAUAUUUUUUACAUACAUAAACCUGUGCUGAUAUCGUAUUUUAAUCGUUAAUCCACUUGGGAUUAACUGUUAUAAUUCGGGUUGCUACAAAAUGGAAAUAAAACAGCGGAUUCUGUAUGAUUUGUUUACUGUACUAGUCGGUAUUUCUCACAUUUCGUGUAGUGUACAACCUCCAACAAUGAAUCCUGGCCUCCUGACACCAUCUAAGUCACUUGGUGAGUGCCAAUCUUGUAGACUAUUUGUCGAAUCAUUCAAGAAUGGUCUAGAGCGAACCUCCAGAGGGAAGUACGAGGGAGGUGAUGCGGCUUGGGAAGAAGAAAAAUUAAAGAAGUCAUACAAGCGAAGUGAAAUCCGAUUGGUUGAUAUCCAAGAAAACAUAUGCGCAGAGGUGUCUAAAUAUGCAAUUCAGUGUCACCAUAUGGCUGAACAAUCUGAAGAAUAUAUAGAGGGAUGGUGGGCUCAAGAUCCAGAUGAAUCUGCCGAUUUAUAUACCUAUAUUUGUAUAGAGAAAAUGCAAGUCUGCUGUCCGAAGCAUCAUUAUGGCAAGGAUUGCGCACCCUGUAUUGGUGAUCAUAAUAAUCUUUGCAGUGGUAAUGGUAAAUGUAGGGGAGACGGUACAAGAAAAGGCAAUGGAACUUGUUUAUGUAACCCAGAAUAUACUGGCGCCAACUGUGAUCAAUGUGCUUUAGAUUAUUUUGAAUUGGAACUAGAAGAUAAAAAUAUUAAGAAAUGUAUUCCAUGUCACAGAUCCUGCUUAGGAGGUUGUCGACAGGCAACGCAGAAAGACUGUGUAGCUUGUAAACCGGGAUAUAUACUUGAUCCCAAAGAUGGCUGUGUCGAUAUAAAUGAAUGUAGAGAUGAUAAAACAUGUACAGAAGAUCAGUUCUGCUUAAAUUCUAUGGGAUCAUAUGCUUGUGUUGACUGUCAUAGAUCAUGCAAGGGAUGCUUUGGAGAUGGACCAGAUACAUGCGUGGAAUGUGCUAAAGGUUAUUUGUUGGAAGAGGAAAUUUGUACAUCUGAUGUGGAACAAGAAGAACCAUCACAGAGAUUGACAAGUGCCAGAAACGAAGAAUUGUAAGCUUGAGUGUGAUCAUUGUUUAAAUAUAGGUACAUGACCUAUGUUGGAUUGAUUAUAACGACUGGAAUUUUGCUACCAAAGUCAACACCUUUGGGUGGUCUAGUUGGGAUUUUGGUGUUAUCCUACAUCUUGGGAUCAGAAUACUACUGCAUGAUAAACGGACAUACAGGGCUAGUUAAUCUUAAGGAGUAUGACCUAUUUCAUCUGUUUAGACUGUAAGCUUCAUAUUAAUUUAUAUAGAAAACAGAUUAAUUGUAUGUUUUCAUAUUUUA